AUGAUUGGCCCUGGAGUUUGGAUCCUCAUCGUUGCUUGGAGCCUCGCGCUCGUUGGGUUUCUCUUCUUCAGCAGAGCAGAAAAGAUGGUCUACGCGAUAUUUCUUCUCAUGGUCGCCGUAGCCACUACGAUUUUGCUUGCUGUACUGCCAGAGGAAAGCGCGAAUCCGAUCUCAAGAACAGUUGAAGAAGAGGAGACCAGUAUCAAUUCUAUUUUGCAAAUAGUUUAUAUCAUAUUUGCUCCGACCGCACUUCUAUCAUCCUACGUCGCCUAUUACUACACCACCGGGGUCAUUUCUCUCCGUCCGAAGCCGAUCAACAAGCCCUGGUGA